AUGAAAGGUGAAUUUCUUUCUUCCUUCAUUUCCGGUUCGUAUAUCAGGGCUAAAACCAUUCUUUGUCCACCUUUCCCGACACAUCUCUCGUUCGCCCAGUCUUGUUUUUCUUUUUCUUUCUUUCUUUUAUCGUUUGCCACGUUGUUUGUUUCAUUCUUUCUUUCUUCGAUUGUUCACCUCAUUUUUUUUCUUUAUUCUAUUGUCUGCCUCUUUUUCUUUCUUUUACCGUCUGCCUCUUUUUUUUUUCUUUAUUCUAUCCUCACCUUUUUCUUUCUUCACUUCCUUCUUUCUUUCUUUCUUUCUUUCUUUCGUCUGCUUCUUUUUUGUUUCUUCUUUCUUUCUUUCUUUCUUUCUUUCUUUCUUUCUUCUAUCGUCUGCUUCUUCUUUCUUUCUGUCUUUCUAACUUUCUUUCUUUUUUUCCUUAUUCUAUCGUCUGACACUUUUUCUUUCAUUAUUCUAUCGUCUGCAUUUCUUUCUUUCUUUCGUUUUUUUUUUUUUUUUCUUUCUUUUUUUCUUUCUUGUCCUGUCCUGCUUUCUUUCUUUCUUUCUUUUUUUUUUUCUUUCUUUCUUUUUUUCUUUUUCUUUCUUUUCUUUCUUUCUUUAUUUCGACUUAUCUGA